CGGUGCAGUAAACAUGGCGGAAGAGUUGGAAGCUAGCUAAACAUGGUGGCUACAAUUGCAGGUUGUAGCGUAUCCUGCAAGCUGUCUUUGGACGAUCUGCAGGCUGUCUGCCGCCAGGAAAGGCUCCAUUGUAAACAGCUACGGGUGAACAAGCAUAACAUCGACGACUAUGAGGUUGAGUACCUCUGUGACUACAAGAAGUCUAAGGAGCAGGAGUUCUACCUGGUUAAAUGGAAGGGCUACCCCGAGUCGAGCAACACCUGGGAGCCCCGCAAAAACCUCAAGUGCAGGAAGCUAAUGACGCAGUUCCACGAGGACAUGGAGCAUGAGCUGAGGCGGCAGAAGAGACGGACCACCUGCCCCAAGCGGCUGGACAAGGACGUGGCCUGGACCCUGGUGCAGAAAGCCAAGCUCCGCAAGAGGCUCCAGUGCUGGGAAGCCGACCUGAACAAGACUCGUAACCACCCGGGCCGCAUCUUUGUCCUGAACGAGGUGGACCUGGACGGCCCGCCCAGGGACUUCACCUACAUCACUAACUAUAAGGUGGGCGAGGGCAUCGUGCUCAACGAGAUGGCUGUGGGCUGUGAGUGUAAGGACUGCUUUAGUGAUCCGAUCGGCGGCUGCUGCCCCGGGGCCUCCCUCCACCGCCUGGCCUACACUGACAAGGGCCAGGUGCGAGUGCGGGCCGGGGAGCCCAUCUAUGAGUGUAACUCCCGCUGCAGCUGCGGGCCUGACUGCUCCAACCGCUUGGUCCAGAAGGGCAUUCAGUUCGACCUGUGCAUCUUCAAGACUGGGAAUGGCCGAGGCUGGGGUGUGCGUGCACUACAGCACAUCAAAAAGAACACCUUUGUCAUGGAGUACGUUGGAGAGAUCAUCACAUCGGAUGAGGCGGAGAAGAGAGGACACCUGUACGACCGGCAAGGCGCCACCUACCUGUUUGACCUGGACUACGUGGAGGACGUUUAUACGGUGGAUGCUGCUAACCAUGGCAACAUCUCCCACUUUGUCAACCACAGUUGCAACCCCAACCUGCAAGUAUACAAUGUGUUUAUAGACAACCUGGAUGAGAGGCUCCCGAGGAUAGCAUUAUUUUCAACACGCUCCAUCAGGGCAGGAGAAGAGCUCACUUUUGACUACAAGAUGCAAAUUGAUCCAGUUGAUGCAGAGAGCACAAGGAUGGACUCAAAUUUCAGUUUAGCGGGACUCCCGAGCUCUCCCAAAAAGCGGAUUCGGGUGGAGUGCAGGUGUGGAUCUGACACAUGUCGAAAGUAUCUCUUCUGAUAUAGAUUGGAAACGGAACGUCAAAGCUAGAACAGACACAUCAUAUAUUUUGGGGAAUUCUGAAAGUUGUACAGCGUUUACAUGAAUUUUUAUUUGUCUACUUUUAUUUUACUUUGACUUUUAAGCCACAUUGGCGCAUGGGUGAUAUCAAAACUGAUAUGGUGAUUUUAUUUUUUUAUGUCCCCAAACCUAUCUAGUAUGUUGGUAAACAAUUUUAGUGAAACAAUGAACAUGAUCUACAUCCACAAAUCUGCGUUUAAAAAAAAUUCUUCAGAGAUUAUACACUGCGUGUACAAAACAUUAACAACACCUGCUCUUUCCAUGACAGACUGACCUGGUGAAGCUAUGAUACCUUAUUGAUGUCAAUUGUUAA